CAAAGUGUGCGGUGCGAGUGUGCGCGCGUCGGCUGGCGGGAACAAAUGAAACGGCGAAAUGGACGAACCUUAAGUUUACUGUAAUUACUUAAUAUUCGAUACAAUUCAAGCGGGAAUGAAGACCAAACGAGGCAGAACGUCACAGAAGAAUAACUAUGCCGUUUAUUCAGCGCGUUGUCGAGCCGAUUUACCUGAGCCGGCAGAUUUCCCACGAGGAAGAAAUCGCGCCGGUGGUUACGGAACAUGAACUGGAAGCAGUGACGAAUAAUACGCUCAGCAAUGCGUUGCGACAGUUGGCUUCGCUAGUUGUUAUAGCGAACGAUAUAUUCGAUGACCUCGCUAAACAGCUUCAAGAUGUUUCCGAAAGGGCGGCCAAACUACGGACAAGGACUGACCUCGUCGAGGAGAAGGUGUCUACGUUCGAUCCCAAAACUGUCACAGUCCCGGAGGGCGACCUGUGCGACUUCAGCGCGCGCACCACGCACUUCGCGGCGCGCCGCGACGCGCCGCAGGCUCUGUUCUCGGCGGAGACGCGGCCGGCCGCGGUGCGCCGGCUGUACGAGUCUGCGGCGCGCACGCCGGUGCCGCUGAUGCGCCAGCUGGACCGCCACCGCGAGGACGGCCGCCGCUGCUCGCGCUUCUUCCUCUGCACGCCCGUGCUGGGGCAGCGCCGCCGCCGGCACGCGCGCCUGCGCAGCGCCGACAUCGACAUCGAGACGCGCACCCCGGCGGCGGUGGCGGCGCUGAGGCGCUGGACGAGCGCCGAGGCGCUGGGUGACGUCACGGUGCUGCCAGACUGCAGCGUGCGGCUGCCCCCCGCCAGCGACGCCGACGCCGACGAGACGGACCACCGCCUGCCGUCGCCCGAGGAGCAGCUCGCCACGGUGGCGCUGAGGUUUCCGGGCCACAUGGUCGCCGUGGACGUGUCGGGGCGCGCCUUCCAGCGGAUGUCGCUGGUCCGCAGGUCGCAGCAGCUGGGCCCGGGGGCGGGCCGGGAGGUUAUUGUUAUUGUCAUUGGAAAUUUGUGCUCGGACCUGCUGUCGCCGCGCCCGUCCACGUCCGCGUCGUCGACGCCCGAGGGCGACUCGGGCUCCGGCACCGGCAAGAAGCUGUCGCACCUGCGCAGCCUGAAGCAGUGGGCGGGCAGGGCCAAGCUGCGGCUGACGCGCCGAGACUCCACCCCCACCCCGACACCCGCUGCCGCCCCCGGGCCGACCCCAGACGCCGCCCCCGCCGCUCCUGCACCGCCGCCGAUGCCGACGCAACCGUCCGGAUCGCAGCCCCACACCGACCACGCCGUCAACGUCUACGAAAGCGUCGGUUCCCAUCUGCCUAUCGCCGCGUCCUCGGGCCCGCUGAGCGUGGCGGUGAAGCUGCGAGAGAAGCGCGACCAGGCGCCGCCGCUGCACUCCUCGUCGGGCAACUGGUCCGCCAGCUCGGAGAGCGGCCGCGCCUCCCUGGGCUCCAGCACCAGCACCAGCCACCAGCCCAGGUCGACGACGACGGUGUCGUCGGCGACGGGCGCGGGCCACGCGCUCAACACGUCGGCCAGCUCGUCGGGCACGCUGACGCCCGACCUGGCGGCGAGCAUCGCCGACCAGGACUCGAGCUCGGUGUACUCGUGCGACACGGAGGGCUACUACACGUCGUUCCACCUGGACAGCGGGCUGAAGCCGCUGCGCGAGGAGGACCCGGUGGCGGUGGCUGCGGCCGCGGCCGGCUGCCCGCCCCUGGCGCCGCCCGGCGUCGCGCUGGGGCCCACCGGGACGCUGCUGCCGCAGCAGGCGCUGCACUCCACCUGCGCGCUCUCCACCGGCGGCUCGCCCAACCGCACGCUCACCGCCGACUCCGAGUACGAGCUCUUCGGCAAGGGCUCCACGAGCACAACAACCAGCUCUGCAGGCACCGUCUGCACGACGCUGCAGCUGUCGGAGGGCAGCCCCGCCACGGGGCCAGCUGUGCCCGAGCGCAAGAGCUCACUGCUGGUGGCUGCUGACGUGCAUGCGGACUCCCCCGAUUCAGGCCACAACACCUCCAGUUCACCAGCGCAAUCUGCCAGCCCGCCUGGCACCCUUACUGUCAGGUCACGGUCACGAUCAUCGGACUGCGACUUCUCCGAGUCUGACCUGGAGGCAGUAGAGCGUGUUGAGCGCAUCCGCGUGAAGACAGCCAUCAAUUCGAGCCGCAUCCCAUCCAUGUGUGUUAUCACACCACCACAGUCAGAUGAUGAGGCAGGCACAGGUGCCUCUGCGCCUUCAUCUCCACCCAUGCAGCAACGGGCACCACAGACAGGCAGGCGGCCAGCUUAUGAGAAGCAGCUUAGCUCUGAUUCAGAGUCCGACUGGGCCGCUAUUGUGCGCAAGGAGCGCAGGCCGCAUCUCAACCUCAACGGUGUCAUCGGAAAGGUUAAGGACGCCUUCACGGGAAAGAAGUCGCCCGAGUCGCAGCCUGCUCCAGCUCACUCGCCGGCACCGACGACGACGGCCACGGCUCAACAGGACGCGGGCGACUAUGUGACCAUUGCUGACGUGCGGCCUCACACCAAUUACAAGCCAAGCUCGCCGCGGCUCUACUCGAACACAGCAGUGGUGGCAGCGUGCCGACCGACGGAGUACGUCUCCCUGAAUGAGCUGCCACCACCUGAGACGACGAGGUCCGGUGCCCCUCUGGCUGCCUCUCCACCGCCAGGCGACUCCCUGGAGCGACGGCGCCGUCAGGGUGCCCGAGUCACGCUUGACUCUGAAGGCCGUGUUGUUUACUCCUCAGACAGCCUUCGGCGGCGUGGCAAGACAGGACACACGACCUUCGAGCCAGGCCCGUAUGUCAAGGAGCCUUCAGCAGCGGGCAGCCCCAUGAUGGGCCACCGCACUGCUGCCACCACCAGCCACCCGCCGCCCACCUCUCCGCAGCUGGGCAAGGUGAUCAUCAGAGCAGCCACACCCGCCACCUGUGUUUCUGCACAGCGUCCGCUGUCACCGCCACCUGCGCAGCAGCAACAACAACAGCAGCAGCAGCCACAGCAGCAGAGGCCUGGGGCCUACGUUAAUGUGCAGUCUCCUACGCGCAGUGCACCAGACAAUCGUGACACCGAGGAAGGUAAGGUCCCUCCCCUGCCAUCAGACCCCAAACUCCCACCCUUCCUGCGCCACGCAGAUCCAGCACUGUACGACCGCAUCAGCGGCAGCGCCCCGGGCAGCUCGAGGGUUAAGCGCAGUGACAGCUACCGUCUGGCCAACUCGCCCAUCCUGCUGCCUGCCAGAAAGGUAAAUCGCGAUAUUCUUCUGAAUUCCACAUUUGAGGCUGGAACCCGGAAAGAACAGGCUGGCAAUGGCCGCCUACCUAGCAGCAGGGAACAGUCGACCACCCUGGAAAUGACACCACACAAGAGCCAGCAGCACGAGUUCUCCCGGGCACGACAGCAGGUAGCUAGAGUCCAGGACUCGCCAACCCUGUCGAGUGGUCGGUCCUCUCCAGCAGAUGUCGACGUCAGGCAGGUAUCAAAUCCCAACUUGUUGGGGCGCAGGUUCUAUGGUGCUCAGGUCCGUGUCGAUCCCGAGUUGCUCUCAGGUGUGCGAGCUGCAGGAAAGCGGUCAGUCGUUCCUGUGCCAGCUGACACGGAGCGUGCAAAGGUGCUUUCGAAUAAAGGUAAUGACCAUGACACUGAGAUAUGUGGGAACAUGGGACGAAAUCCAACUUAUGGUAAGGAACCACCAAGGUACGGCUAUUCUCCACAUGCAGUGUGGUCUAAUACUACUGAUCACACACAGCAUGUUCCAUAUUCAGCUCCUCCUUACUGGACACUACCUGCCAGAAGAUCACAAGAUAAAUUGGACAUGGAGAGUUCAGGAAAACAAAUCAAUCCAAUGCAGCAAGAUCCAGGCAGCAGACGUUUCAACACUAUAGCUACCAGUAGCUGCAGGAAUUACGUAGACAGUCAAAGAAGUAAUGAACACAAAAACACGAUGCCGUAUCAGUACAACGUGUGUGCAACGCAACUUUACUCAAAUAUACACAGAGUGCCAGUGACAACAACAAAUACACAUUCUGCAUGUGGCAUGCCAGCUUCUGUUCCUAAAAUGCCUGAAACAAUGCCACAAAAUUCUCACCUUGCUCUGUCUAAUCAACAACGGCAACAAACAGAGAACACAAGGCAAGCAUUCUUCUCUUCUACGCCAACUAAGAGCGGAACGAUGUCCAUGGACAUGAGUACAAAUUUCUCACCAAUUCCAAAGCAAAGUUUGCAAAAUGACAAUGGAAACACAUUCAAGGCAUACAGCAACACACAUUUGCAAGUAAACCAUGUGAGAGUUGGGUCUCCACGUCUUAUAUCACCACCUCGAACAUCGAUGACAUCAGAAGAGAUCUUUGCUGCAAUUCACAAGUCAAAAAAGCGUUUAAAUAUAAAAACAGAUUCAGACAGUUAUAGCAGGAGUGCUUCCCCAUCUUGCUCCUCUGCAACUAGUCUCUCACCUGGAAGUUCAGAAUCCUCUCUCUGUGGACUUCAGGGAAGAGCUGCAAAUAGGUACACACCUGAAACAGGGACAUUCAACAACAGAAAUGAAAAUGGUAGAAAUCGCCACAGCUGGUCACCAAAUGCAAGUGAAGAAGAAGUUCUGCAUCAGUCGCUGAACUCGAGGUCACCUGUGCAACUUCCUGGGUCUCGACAGAGUUGGGCCUGUGACAGGUUGGCUUCUAUCCAGCAAACAUCUAGAAAUGAUUUUAAGAGACUCUUACUGCAGCAAAGCAGCAAAUCAAAUAUUUCUAGCAUAACAGGCUACCCUGGGACCAAACUAUCUGCUGUGGAACAGCUGAGGUUGUCCCGUCAGAAAAUGGUUUCUGCAACAAUCAACACUAAUGGCUGGAACUCAUCCAGAAGUCCUGUGGAGAAGCGUAAUGGUGGACCCAAGUUGUUAUCUUCCCCUAGGACAUUAGCAACAUGGAAGUUCUCUUCACCAAGAACAGACGUCCUCUCCUCUACAAUACCAGAAGAUUGUGCAGAGGACGAGGACACGUCAAAUUCACCACAAAAUAGUCCCUCAAGGCAACAGCAGUCAAAGUUAGCAAGCACUGCAACAAGCAGUCGUGGGACUACUUUGAUGAAUCCCUCAGUGCGGAGGCCUUUGAGUGACUCUUUUGGCACAGACAGACUUACUCAACCAUCAAAUGUGGAAGCCAAUAAGACUGGAACUUCGAGGUACCAAACUAGUAUACAACAAAAAUCAAAUCUUCCAGGACAGAGUGUAUUGAACACUAAUGCAAAAAAUUCCACAGCAAGUAACAGGCUUUUAUUUUGCAACUCAAAAGUUCCUCCAGUGAGAUCACCAGAAAUGUUUUCAAAACAAAAUAUUAAGGAAAAUGUAAAUUCAAACCAGAUAAAUAAUGUAAGGACUUAUACUAAUAAUCAGAUAAAAACAGAUAACCAUAAUCGCAUGUUAAAUACCGAGUUCAAAUCACCACAACUUAUUAUGCAGCAACAAAGCCUGUUAAAUGCCUGCACCCCAAAGAGACAAUCCAAUGACAAAACAAAAACAAAUUAUUAUAAUGGCUCACCAGGCAGGUACAUUUUAGGAACUCUUGAAUCAAAGAGCCCCUCGCCGACUCUGGAAACUGCCCUGUAAGCAUUUUCCAGUGUUAUACUGAGUUUUACUGCCUACAAAACUAUGGUGAAUGCACAUGACAAUUCUGGUUAGUAGUUAAUCCACCUGUGAAAAUGAAAUUAGGUAUGGGACCACCACAUUUAUGAACUAAAAGCUGUUGCUCAGAUGAACCAUGCCUUGUAACAUUGCUGCUGUAUAAAGUGAUGGGUAAUCAAACCCGGUCUGGAAAUGUAUGAUACUUAGCACUGACCUACAUUAUAUUGCAAACACUGUGUGCUGGUGAUUUAAUUAUGUGAUAUGAACAUCUCUCUUAAGAGUGUAAAGUCAUUUAUGCAGUCAAAUUUACAGAAGAAAAAAAUUGCUGGACUGUGCCGAACUUGUAAAACGAGUUCACCAUUAUGGUAAUAAUUGUAUUUGUGUAUAAGUAAAACUUAGUCUAGUCCAGAAUUUAAAAUCAAUUCUGCACAUUACCAUGCACAGUUUUCUUUUAAAUUAUUUUGUACAAUGAGAAUAUUGUAUUUCCUAUUUUUAAUGUACAGAGAAGCAGCAAAAUUUACUUGAAACAAUUUUUUAUAUUUAAACUGGACUAUGUCAAUUUUUAACAAUAAAUGUUAUCCACAAUAUUGUAAUAUUGACUGCGCCUGGAAAAAAAACUGCAAACACUUUGAAAGUGCACAAUAAAUACAAAAUAUAACUUUUAUGUUACAACAGAAACAAUGUAUUUUCAUAGUAAAAGUCUCAUGAACGCAAUGAUUUCCAGAAAUGUGAAACAAGUUAAUAUGGCACUGUUGUAGAAAUGUGUAGUUUAAACACUGUGCAAUAAUUACAAAUAUAAAAUCAACUCAUCUUCAAGCAUACAUUAGUCAUACAGCAUUGAUGAACAUCAAAAACUUCUAUCACAUUAAUUAAUUUGUAUUGUAUACUAAAAAAAAACUUCAGUACAGAACAAACAGUGCCUAUUAUCACUUUUUUGUACUAUGCAAGAGAAGUAAUUUGUGAAUUCAGCAAAGAGUUUGUAACUUCUAAAUUAAGAUGAAUUUACUGCUUCAUCUGUGCUCAGAGAACAGAGUAAUAUAUUAUAUAAAAAUUUUAAUAUAUACAUGAUACUGUAAUGAUGAUGUAAAGAGAACUGACUAGAAGAAUUUAAUUUUCAAUGGGUCAUGGCUUAAAUACAAACAAAAGAAAUGUAACAAAAUAGUUAUUAAUUUGAUGCCCUCGAUUUCUAAGCUCCCUCUGCAGUGAAUUCUACUGUGCUUAUAAACUCAAUAAACUGAAAAACAAGUGCCCCUCAGCAUAAUGCCUCUUUCUAAUGGGGCCUUAGAGGUACUGAUGUAUGUCAAAAUUUUGACAGCAAUAUCCUUAUAAAUAGCAUAAAAUGAGUUCACAUCACUUGAGAAGCGGCUUUUGUGUAACAUACCUUCAACUGCUAUAUGUUUCUAGAACUAUAGAUACUUGUACAUGUAAGCAAUACCCUGCUAAUGUUAUUAGGUGUACAAUGAAGUAAGCUCCUGUGGUUAUGAGCUACAAGUAAAACAUUUUUAAAUCUGUAAUGCAGAAUGAAGUAUAAAUGAAUACCAAGAAAGCUACUACACACAUUAACAAAAUGGUAAGAAAGUGUUGACAAAUAUAUAGGCACAUAAACAACAUGCUAAAUAUUGUAACUCAUAGUGUGAACUUAUAUUCUUCAGCAUACAGACUCAGCAGCUACAUUAUUCUGAUGCUGUAAUGUGUGUGUGUGUGUGUGUGUGUGUGUGUGUGUAAAAUGACUACAGUUAUCGAGUUUCCAUGUUCAGCCUCUACAGCUAAGACCGUUUAUUAUACGGUCUGAGGCUAUCUUGAUUAUCUGGAUCCAUUCAAUCAUUUUAUUAAAUGAGAACUAGCAAAACUAGGAAGGAGAUGGAGAUUUUUACUUGCCAGCUGAAACAAGAGCAGGGCUGAAUGUUGAGUCUUUCCAUGCUAGUAACUAGAUACAAAUAUGAGGACAGGCAAACAAUAACAUACUACUGAACAGUGAGUGACAAACAGCACAUGCACAAAAGCAUACAUGCAUGCAAAGAGAGAGAGAUUAUACUAAAGAUAGAAAAAUAAUGUAAGUUAGAAAGCCAGUGUAUUUACAUCUCACUCAGCAAUAUUUUCAAGUGAGGGGGUUGUCUGUCUGAAAUUUUUUGUAUGAUUUCCAAAUGAAAAAAAAAGAAAAAUGAAUUGAUGGAGGAAAGAAGUUAUACAAAUCAUUGAAUCAUGAUUGAAAUUAGGGAUGGCAAAAGUGAAAUCAGAAUUUCUCAUUAUUCAAAUCCAUCCUACAUUGCACAAUUUUUUGACUUCACAUUCAUAUGAGUCAUGUGAUUAGCUGUUGUAGACUGGACCGCUUCUGGUACUAAAGUGAGUACAAUUCCACGAUUUUGAAAUUUUUUAUUUCAAAAUGGCUCUUCUUAUCAUUGUUCCAACUUUUUCAUUUGUCACGAAAUAUAAAUAAAAGAGUAGCAUGGAGAGCUGCAUCAAACCAGUCUCAGGACUGAAGACAACAACAUAAAUAAAAGUAUUUUCACACUGUCUAAAUUUAAUAAUUAUAGACAUGGAUACAAAAAAUUAAAGUCAUACUUAGCAAUAUACUGCUGCAAUAUCUGCAUUAAAAAGGUAAAACAGUUGCAAAAUUAAUACCACCAUGAAGUACCGAUUAAUGAAAUAUAAACACCCAUAGGUGUACAAUCCUAUAAUGAUACAAAUCAGACCAACUAUUUACGUGCAUGUGUUCAGAACUAGGCAUCAUUUGAGAGGAAUUUUGAUUAUGAUAUUAUCUCUUUAUGUGCAGCAUUAGAAAAUGGAGACACUAAAAUUGCAAACACUUCAUCAUAGCAACACAUCACUGAUCAGCUGAGUGAACACAUGAUAAACUAGGUACCAGUGAUACCAUAAAUUCAGCUUGCAAUACAAAUUAAUUUACAAAAUUAUUAUUUUAUAUAAAUAAAUUGUGUGAAUAUUGCCUUAAAAUAUCUCGGGAGAACUGAUUCACUAAAAAGAAAUCCUACAAAAAAUAUAUCUAUUGCACUGCAAUUCGUCUAUUUGCAUCCAACAUUGAUUAUUUUUUUUUUUUUUUCGUUUUGCUCAGAUUUUAUGGAGCAAUGGUCAAAUGUUUUCUAGCGAUAUCUCUUACAGGCACAGGAUAUUAUAAAGCGGUGACAACACAGAAGCUGUUUUAUGGGAAGACAAAAGCAGUAAUCUAUACAUAAAAAACAAUUCUUUGUUAGUCCCACACUAGCCAAAGCAGUCUUUCAUCAAUAACUUGCAGGUCAUGGCUCUCUGAGCAGCCACCUCCAGCUUCAUCUGUGAAAGAUCACACUAACUACUGAAGCUAACACAAGUAUUGUAAUUUCUGGAAUCAAUUACUGUGUAAGUAUUUUGAUAUUUUACAUUUAAUAUCACAAUGGCCAAGCAAAUACAACCACAAUACUGUAUAUACAAAGCGAAGAAUAUUCUACAACAGAUAAUCAGUGAUUGCAGACUUAUAAUACACAGGAAAAUGUUCUGAGACUUAUCAGAAUUAUUUGCUGUGACUUGGCAACCUACACAAGCAUAGCCAACAUCUGACAAGAGGAGGACAAUUUAGUCAAUUUCUUACAAAAUAAAACUUAAAACUAUUAAAAAAAUUGUGUUCAUUAAUCACCAAAC